UGUUCGGUAGCCACAGAGCUCCAUCCGAGAGCGCGCAGGAGACUCAUGCACACUAAAAACAGAGGUAUGCAUCAGUGUUUUUACAUGUAUUUGCACAUAUUACCGCUCGAAUGAGGCGAGUUUGAGGGGAAUAAGCGCCUGGGGAAUAGAUGACGAUGAGGAUGAUGAAGAGCGCGAGACACCUGUGAUCAGAUUCAGCAUCAGUCAGUGAUAUCUGACUGUACAGAACAGAAAGGAUAUUAAAAGAGACAUUAUUCAAUGACAAAUGGGUCGUGUGGAUCUCGUCUUUGGACACUCAUUACACGGAACAACUUUUAUUCUCAACACACAGUGAAAGGAUCUCGCUGCUGAAUACUCCGCCACAAUACUCCACAAUUACUGGUUCAGUUCCAGCAGCACUAUGACAGAUGGAGAUUAUGACUAUCUGAUCAAACUCCUGGCUUUGGGGGAUUCUGGAGUGGGCAAGACCACCUUCCUUUACCGCUACACAGACAACAAGUUCAACCCCAAAUUUAUCACCACCGUGGGCAUCGAUUUCAGGGAAAAGAGAGUGGUGUACACCACAAACAGCCCCAAUGGAACAACAGGAAAGACGUUUAAAGUUCAUCUGCAGCUUUGGGACACCGCAGGACAGGAAAGGUUCAGGAGUUUAACGACAGCGUUCUUCAGGGAUGCCAUGGGAUUCCUGCUCAUGUUUGACCUGACGAGUCAACAGAGUUUCCUCAAUGUCAGGAACUGGAUGAGUCAGCUCCAGGCGAACGCAUAUUGUGAGAAUCCAGAUAUUGUUCUCGUUGGAAAUAAAGCCGAUCUCGCCGACCAGAGAGAAGUACAGGAGAAACAAGCGAGAGAACUUGCGGAUAAAUACGGCAUUCCAUACUUCGAGACGAGUGCGGCAACCGGAGCGGAAGUGGACAAGGCCGUCGUCACGCUCCUGGACCUGGUGAUGAAGAGGAUGGAGCAGUGUGUGGAUAAACCCGUGACCGACACACCGAACACGGACCACACCAGCAAACUUGACCCUGCGCCCGUCAACGAGAAGAAAUGUGCAUGUUAAAGAACCAGGAAGUGCCCCUCUAUUUCCCUCUACUGGACAGGUGCGGAAGUGCAGCCCGUGUGGCAGAUCUCAACACGACGGCGCUGGUCUCGUUUAGGUUUGGGUCUCGCACGUCUGUCCCGAAUGUGUGGACUUUUUUCAUUUUUUAGUGGAGAGUUUUAAAGACCAUCUUUAACAGCCCCUUCGAAAUGUAUCCAAGAAAGUAGCUUUUGGCAAAUGUGUCUAAAAUAUCUUCAUAUAUAGAUCUUAAGUCAUAAACAUACUCUACACAAGUAUACAAACGCAGAUGAAUGCUUGGUGCAUUUAGACACGAUAGAGGUUCUGUCAAAUGUCUAUGCGACAGUUUAACUAACUUUAACUAAUUUGCACCGUAACUAUCGGCUAUAGUGCCCCUUGUGGCAAUACUGAGAAUGCAGUGCAACAGUUUUGGAAUGACGCAUCAGAACGCAAAUGAGCUUGUGCAACUAGAAGCAUCUGUGUUCAUGAACUUGUGUGGAGUUUGUUUCCGGCCUUGUAUGUUAUUCAAAUGAACGUAAAUAGAAGUUUUUAUGUGUUAGGAAUGUUUUUAAUUUUUUGAUUUAAUGUUUCUGUUGGCACAUUUAUUUUGCCCUUUUCUCUACUCAUUCUUAAACUGUUCUGGUGGAAAUGGUGAAUUUUAGAGAAAGAAAAUGAUUCCAAUUGAAUUUGGAUUCUUACGGUCUCACUGAAUGAACGUUACUAUAACUACAUUGUUUCAACGUGUUACGUUCUACAUUUCACUGCAGUUUCCUGGUGAGGCGCUACAACAACUGUGCGUUUUAUUCACUUUCAUAAAAAUCACGACUGCAAUGGCUGAUUGGGACUUUAUAAACACUUAUUUUUCACUCUAUUACUCACAGACUGUUAUGUUAUCAAAACUUUUACUCUACGUAUCAACGACACAUUUUAAUGCUUGUAUUACAGACUUGCCUACAUUUACACACUUAUUCCAAAGUGAUUCGCUUGCGCGGUAGCUCACCUGAUAGAGUGUUGGACUUUGAACUCAGAAGACAGCAUUUCGAGCCCAACGUUUUUAGGUUAGGGAGGUAUGGUUUACUCACUAAAACCUCCUAAAAAACAUUGUCUGAUUGUCUGAUUACGACACCAUUUCACUCACUUUUGGCGCCCCCCGCUGGACAUUUCACUAGGAAACUGCAGCCAAACGUGAAAUAAAGCAUGUAAUUUCGUAGUUGCCACUGUCACGUAAUGUUCAUGAGAUCAGGCUAAAAAAUACACACCUUCUAAAUUAAUGUACACACAAACAGAGGUAUUUUGACAUGUUUUUACGUACAAUAUUUUAGUUUUUACACGUUUGGGGGUCUUUCUCACCGAAUGUGUUUUGUGUUCAUCUGCGCUGUUUUUUAAAUGGUUUUUCCAUGUAAACAUGAACUAGAUGGACGUCUUUGUCUCGUACAGGAGUGCCAUGUAUUUUACAAGCUUUGAUAAGUUAAAAGAACUUGAGAAGCACUAUUUUUUGUUAGUGCAAGAAUGCGUUUGGUCUAAACGGCCCCUUAGAAUGGUGUAGAAAAAAUGUAAUGGUGCAACUCAUUAAACUCCAGCUGUUAAACGGCUAAUUUGCAGACUGCUAUUUGUGUGCCAAAACACUAUUUCAAUGCCUGCCAGAGUGUGUCUUCUGUGAAUGAAAAAUGUGUGCAUGUCUGCAGUGUUGUUUAGUAUGCACCAUCUCACUGCCAGACGGGAAUACUGAAGAUCUUUCAGCAAUAUCUGCUUCUGACCGAAUAUACGGUUAUAUUUAUGUUCCAUUUUUCAUUUCAGAAACUCCUCAGUAUUUCAGAUUGCUCUGUUGUUGUGCACAGUAAAACCGCCUGUGAAUGCCUGCGUGUUUAAUGCGUGUCGGUGCAUGUGGCCAACAUGAUGUUUACAGAGAAUCUGUUCUACAACGAGGGCGGACUUCUCUAAAAAUUGCACCCAGAAUAGCAUUUUAUUUAUGCUUUUAAUUAUGAAAUGAAUUAAAGUUUAUGUAGAUGAAUCUUUAACUAGAGCAUGGCCCUGUACCGAUACCUGCAAGUGAAAUUUGACUUACUAUGAUAACCAUGUUUAAGCAGUUUAUGGUUAUUUUAUCCCCUCAAUCUGUUAGAUUUUGUUCAGAGGAAAAAAAGUAAAUAACUUUUGAGAUUAUGAACAGAAGAAACUCAAAAAUACAAACUUAAACAGUAGGAGUGCAAAACCAUGCAAACAAACUAUUGAAUAUUCAUGAUGGUGUUUAUAUAGCGCGCACAUAAGCGCACUCGAUUUAGUUUUGUUGUACACGAGUGGCUCAAGCAGACUGAUUGUGAAUUCUGAACGUUUUUAAGAAAUAGUGGCAAAUGAUGUUUUUUAAUGCAUCUUUGUACAUUAAUAUAUAUAUAUAUAUAUAUUAAUAUAUACACAUAUAUACGUAUAUAUAUAUAUAUAUAUAUAUAUAUUGCAUUAUGAAAAAUUUCUCCCCAAAUUCUCAUUGUGAUGCAAAAAAAUAAAUAAAUUGGGAAAUUUUACUUUUUGUUUGAGUUUCUAUAUUUCUGGGUUGGGGGGGAGGGUGCGGGGGUGUCCUAAUUAUUAUUAUUAUUAUUAUUAUUAUUAUUAUAUUUUUUUCUUCUUUUUUUCUUCUUAAGUAAAAUAUAAUUUGUAAUUUGUCUUGAUUUGGUAAUGUUCUUGGCAGAUGUAUGUAUGGUUAACAUGAUUAAUCCAUGUAGUUCCUAUUGUUUAAUGAGGUCUGAACUGGAACCACAAACUCGAACUCAAAAUGAGCAAAUAGUUUAGUUUCUAGAUAUAUAUAUAUAUAUAUAUAUAUAUAUAUAUUUUUUUUUUUGUCCAACGGUGCCAAAACAGACAUAUUGUGCCAUACCACUCUUAUUUUCUCUUAAGUGUCCACACUGAAAGGUCCUGACAGUACUGAAGUCUCUCCACAGGGCUUUAACACUCUGAUCGAGUGUUUGAUGAAUGUUUAUUUCCAUACACUGAUGUUGCUUGUAUUUCAGGCAUGCUGUAGAAUGACGUGACAUGUCGGACAGGCCUUUAAAUGUGACAAUCUCUGGAGCAAACAUUCACAUUUGUAUUUGUUUUCAUGAAACCGUUUCUAAAGAACUUCUGCUGCUUGGCCUUCAACAGAACCGGAUCUCUUUAGCUUCUCGUGUAUGUUUAACUGGUUUAGUACCUCAUGUGGUUAAAGGAAUGGCUUUAUGAAAAAGUGAUUUUGUUCUCUUAAAGUUUACAUUGUCUGAAGGGUUCUCUCUCUACUUGUGCCUGUAAACAUCUACUGACCAAUGACCCAAGUCUUUAUAAGAGUUCUGAACUUGUAUGUAUUUUAGUGCAUUAAAAGUAUAUUUGGCAAAAUAACACAAAUAACUUUGAAUUGAAAUUGUAAUGCCGGUAGAAAUGACUCCUCUGUUGUCUUUGAAAGCCUUUAUUUUUCAGUUGUGUGUGUACUGUGUUAUUAAAGAAUAAAGAGAAAAGAAAAACCA